AUGGAAAGAAUAUGUUCUAAGAGCCUGGCAAAGAGACGACUCAGUGAAUCUGCAUGUCGUUUUUAUAGUCAACAAAUGAAGGGAAAGCAGUUAGCAAUUAAGAAAAUGAAUGAGAUACAGAAGAACAUUGAUGGAUGGGAGGGAAAAGACAUUGGACAAUGCUGCAAUGAAUUCAUCAUGGAAGGAGCCCUAACAAGAGUAGGGGCUAAGCAUGAAAGACAUAUUUUUCUCUUCGAUGGCUUGAUGAUCUGUUGUAAAUCAAAUCAUGGACAGCCAAGGUUACCUGGUGCCAGCAACGCUGAGUAUCGGUUGAAAGAGAAGUUCUUUAUGAGAAAGGUACAAAUCAAUGACAAGGAUGACACUAAUGAAUAUAAACAUGCUUUUGAGAUUAUCCUAAAGGAUGAGAACAGUGUUAUUUUUGCUGCAAAGUCAGCAGAGGAAAAAAAAUAACUGGAUGGCUGCCUUAAUAUCCCUACAGUACAGAAGUACUUUAGAGCGAAUGUUAGAUGGGACAAUUUUACAGGAGGAGAAAGAAGAACAGUUGCGCCUUCCAAGCCCCAAGGUGUACAGGUUUGCAGAGCCGGACUCCGAAGAGAAUAUAAUAUUUGAAGAAAAUGUACAACCCAAAUCUGGUAUCCCCAUCAUUAAGGCUGGGACUGUAGUGAAGCUCAUCGAGAGACUAACGUAUCACAUGUAUGCAGACCCCAACUUUGUGCGAACAUUUCUUACGACAUAUAGAUCAUUUUGCAAACCCCAGGAACUUCUGAGUCUUCUCAUAGAAAGGUUUGAAAUACCAGAACCUGAACCGACUGAAGCCGACAGAAUUGCUAUGGAAAAUGGAGACCAACCCCUUAGUGCAGAGUUAAAAAGAUUUAGGAAAGAAUAUGUACAACCUGUACAGCUAAGAGUUUUAAAUGUUUGUCGACACUGGGUAGAACAUCACUUCUAUGACUUUGAACGAGAUGCAGACUUAUUAGUGCGUUUAGAAGAAUUUAUAGGAACAGUCAGAGGAAAAGCUAUGAAAAAAUGGGUGGAAUCCAUCACGAAGAUCAUCCUACGAAAAAAACAAGCCCAAGCCAAUGGACCUAGCCACAAUAUAACAUUUGAAAGCUUGCCACCUCCUAUUGAAUGGCACAUUAGUAGGCCUGGACAGAUAGAAACCUUUGACCUUCUUACAUUACAUCCCAUUGAAAUAGCUCGUCAACUGACUUUACUAGAAUCUGAUCUCUACAGAGCUGUACAAUCUUCAGAACUUGUUGGCAGUGUAUGGACCAAGGAAGAUAAAGAGAUAAAUUCACCCAACCUUUUAAAAAUGAUCCGGCACACAACUAAUCUCACAUUGUGGUUUGAAAAGUGCAUUGUAGAAACAGAAAACGUAGAAGAGCGAGUAGUAGUUGUGAGUCGAAUCAUAGAAAUUCUCCAAGUCUUUCAAGAGCUAAACAAUUUUAAUGGAGUACUUGAAGUUGUAAGUGCCAUGAACUCUUCCCCAAUAUACAGACUUGAUAACACCUUUGAGCAAAUAUCAAGUCGGCAGAGGAAAAUUCUAGAAGAAGCUCAUGAAUUGAGUGAAGAUCACCAAAAGAAGUAUUUAGCUAAGCUCAGGUCAAUUAAUCCACCAUGUGUGCCUUUUUGCGGAAUUUAUUUGACCAACAUUUUAAAAACAGAAGAAGGCAAUCCUGAUUUUCUGAAAAGACAUGGGAAGGAACUGGUGAACUUCAGCAAAAGGAGGAAAGUAGCUGAGAUCACUGGUGAGAUCCAGCAGUACCAGAACCAACCUUACUGUUUACAAGUAGAGGCUGACAUCCGUAGGUUUUUUGAGAACCUAAAUCCAAUGGGGAAUGUUGCAGAGAAGGAAUUUGAAGACUACUUGUUCAAGAAGUCGCUGGAAAUUGAGCCACGAAAUGCAAAGACUUUGCCAAGAUUUCAAAAAAAGUACAGUUAUCCACUUAAGUCUCCUGGUGUGCGUCCAUCAAACACAAGGCCAGGUACAAUGAGGCACCCUACUCCUUUGCAGCAGGAACCAAGGAAAAUCAGCUACAGUCGCAUCCCAGAAAGCGAAACAGAAACCGCAGCAUCUGCCCCAAACUCGCCUAGAACACCCUUAACGCCACCUCCACCAUCUGCAGCAUCCAGCACCACAGAUGUCUGCAGUGUGUUUGAUUCUGACCCGGCUCUGCCUCAGUAUCUUCAAUCAACUUCCCUAAGAACUGUGAUGAAAUUCAGGUUCCUCCACCUGUACCUCCUCGUAGACGACCAGAAUCUGCCCCAACUGAGUCAUCCCCAUCAAAGGUAA